AUGUCCGGCCUCCUCAACGCCCUCCUCCAUGCAACCAACUACCGCAACCCCUUCCUCCGCACCCUCGUCCCCAGCAUCGGCCUAGCUUUCGGUCUCCAAGCCGCGGCCGCCUUACCCUCCAUCCUCGGCCAAACCGAACGCUUCUACGAUCUCAGCGGCAGUCUGACCUACAUCUCCUGCACGGCACUAUCCCUCUACCUUCCCACCCUCCGCGCUCGUCUAGCAGCGAGUACGUCCGCCACAGCACCAGCAUGGCCAAGUCUCCUGGCUAGUCUGACGAGUAAAGGUGGUGUCAGUGCGUGGAAUUGGCGGCAAGUCGUCCUUUCCGCCGCCGUGACAAUCUGGGCCACACGCUUGGGCUCCUUCCUCUUCGCACGAAUUACUGCGGACGAAGGAAAAGAUAGCCGCUUCAACGGGAUCCGGGAAUCUGCUCCCAAAUUCCUCGGAGCUUUCCUCGCCCAAGCUACUUGGGUAUCAUUAUGCCUUAUGCCCGUAUUAGCCAUCAACAGCAUCCCCGCCACGACGCUCGCCGUCCUCCCAUUAGUAACACUAACAGAUAUCCUCGGUGUGCUCUUGUACGUCGGAGGCAUCACCUUCGAGGCUACGGCCGAUAGUCAGAAGAACAAAUGGGUCAAGGAGAAGAAGGAGAAGAAGCAUAAUGAGGAGUUUUUGACUAGAGGGUUAUGGAGUAAGAGUAGGCAUCCCAAUUACUUUGGCGAGGCUACGUUGUGGACGGGUAUUGCUACUACUGCUGCUGGAGUGAUGUUGUCGAGCGUUGGACAAGCGGGAAUGGGGUUUAGUGGAAGUGCUGUUGCGAGGGUUGGGGCGUUGGGUAUGGCUGCUGUGAGCCCGGCUUUCGUUACAUUCUUGCUACUGAAGGUUUCUGGUGUUCCCAUGAGCGAGAACAAGUACGACAAGCGAUAUGGCGAUCGUAAAGACUACCAGGAGUGGAAGAAGAACACGCCCAUGUUCAUCCCGAAGCUGUGA